UUGAUUUGAUUAAACAAAAAAUUGUGAAAUUCUGGACAAUGUGGAGUUCUGGCCAAGAUGAUGAAGAACAGCAAGAUUACUUUGUUGAAGGGACUGAAGGUCUCUGCGCUCUAUCUCCUAUGCAGAGGAUAUAUGGGUUCGGUGCUUGUUUACUAGCUGGAAUUGUUUGUAUGCUCUUGUCGUUGAUUGUUUUUGCGAAACCCAUCAAAUUCGCGGUAUUAUUUACCUUUGGCAAUGUGCUGGCAGUUGGGAGCACAGCUUUCGUCAUUGGACCUAAGCAACAGCUCCGCAUGAUGCUUGAUGAUGCCCGUAUAUAUGCUACAGCAAUCUACGGCGGAUGUGUGAUCGUGGCUCUUGUUUGUGCUCUUUUGAUCCACAGUAAGAUUCUUACCUUAAUUGCCGUGAUAUGUGAAAUUUGUGCUCUAUUUUGGUACAGCUUGAGUUAUAUUCCAUUUGCCCGUAGGAUGGUAUCUGAUCUGACAAUCCGUCUCUGUGACACCGAAAUCUAGAUGACUUAAUGUGGCCAUCUUUUUCCUUAUUGCCUUCACAAAAUUGAAGCAUCCUCAUUUGGCUGGCUCUUGGCUCUCUUGAUAUGGCAAUAUUCCAUUUGUUUCUUUUUCCAGCGUAUGAUAAGCUGUUUCACUCCAAGUUUGUUGUGGGAGACUGACAUUUUUUUAUGAUUUUAUAGAUCCCCUGGCUUCAUAUGGUUUUAUUCAGAGCAUACUAUCUUCUGGAGGCUGUUCCUGGGAUAUGGAAAAUUUGCUUGAUUGAUUUGUGUGACCUUUUGUAUGUUGGUUGAAUCCACACUACCUGCUCCAUUCACUACAUGCCUUCAGUUAUAGCUUGAAUUUAAUCAAAUAUCUGUAUGGAGACUUCAUAAAGGAACGGAUAGAGUAUCAUGCGCUUGUUGCAAGUACACUGAUGUUGUCAAUGGCUGUGGUGCUCCUAUAUUGAGCACCCAAACCUAUAUCAUGUUUGUCUGCAGCCUCAUGUCAAGAGUUUCUUGGAUGGGAAUUUCUUUGUUGA